UACUACCGAAUAAAAACAGAAGGGGCUUUCCUCUGUUUACGCCCAAAUUUUCCGCUUCACCUCUUCUCUCCUUCUCAAACUCCGUUGAACACAUCAAUCAAUCAAAUCUCACCCUAAAAGAAUACUAAUUUUUUUUACUUUUUUUCAAAAAUAGUUAUUGUUAACAUCAUCUCCUUCCUUCUUCCUCCAGAUCAAAAAAAAAAAUCAAGUGCCGCAUGUGAAUGGCGUGAAGACUGUGUUAUAUAACAAGUUAUGUAUCAAUCUACGUCUAACAAACAGGGAGAAUCUUCUUCCUCUUCUUCACAGCCUCCUCAACAACAGCAGAAUGCUAACGAACAAGACCAGGAGCAACAUGGUGACACAUGUAGUAUUCCUCCUGCUCAGUCUGGAAACGCAGACUCUCGUUCCCGUGGCACCGGCAACAACAACACCGUAUUCAAGAGUGGACCUCUAUCUAUUUCAUCAAAAGGGCUUGGGUGGACAUCUUGGAAGAAAAGAUGGUUUAUCUUGACGCGCACUUCACUUGUUUUCUUUCGAAGUGACCCGAGCGCAGUUCAACAGAGAGGCGGUGAGGUCAAUUUAACCCUUGGGGGAAUUGAUCUCAACAAUUCAGGCAGUGUGGUUGUUAAGGCAGAUAAGAAGCUGUUGACUGUUCUCUUCCCUGAUGGUCGUGAUGGACGUGCCUUUACCCUCAAGGCUGACACAAUGGAGGAUCUACAAGAGUGGAAAACUGCACUAGAAAACGCUUUGACACAAGCACCUAGUGCUUCCCAUGUUAUGGGUCAAAAUGGUAUCUUCAGGAAUGAUAAUGCACCAGAUGCACCCCCUGUCGAUGUUGAUGAACCGAAAGAUGAGACACCAACAAAUUUGACUGUCUUUGGAAGACCAGUACUACUUGCUCUAGAAGAAGUUGAUGGAUCUCCAUCUUUCUUGGAAAAAGCUCUUAGAUUUGUUGAAGAUCAUGGAGCCAAGACAGAAGGAAUCUUGAGACAAGCUGCUGAUGUUGAUGAUGUUAACCAUCGGAUUCGUGAAUAUGAGCAAGGGAGAAAUGAGUUCACUGCCACGGAAGAUGCUCAUGUUAUUGGUGAUUGUCUUAAGACUGUUCUUAGAGAGAUGCCUUCCUCUCCAGUGCCUGCAUCUUGUUGCAACGCCCUUCUUGAAGCUUGCCGUGACCGUGGCCAUAGAGUCAAUGCCAUGCGUGAAGCAAUUAGUGAAUCAUUCCCUGAACCAAAUCGUCGCCUUCUUCAAAGGAUCCUGAUGAUGAUGCUGGUUGUGGCCUCUAACAAAAAUGUGAACCGGAUGAACACAAAUGCAGUUGCAGCUUGUAUGGCACCUUUACUUCUUAGACCUCUUCUCCAUGGUGACUGUGAAAUUGAGAAUGAUUUUGAUGUUGGCGGUGAUGGCUCUGUGCAACUUCUGCAAGCUGCUGCUGCAGCUAAUCAUGCACAGGCUAUAGUCAUAACAUUGUUAGAAGAAUAUGACAGCAUCUUUGGAGAAGGUUCCUUGUCAGCUGGCUUGUACUCUGAUUCAGAAGAGAGUGGUAGUGGAAGUGAGGAGGGAACAGAUGAUGAAGAGUAUGAUGAUGAUGAAGGGACACAAGGAUCUGAUGACUACACAGAUGAGGAAGAAGACCUCGAAGAUGAAUCUGAAGGGUCAUACAGUGAGAGUGAAGCCUCUGUAGACCAUCAUGGUGAUGACAUUGAUAAUGAUGAUGAUCAUAAGGCACGGUCCCAUACUAAGAUAAAUGAUAAUUUAAGUUCUGAAUCCAAAUCUCCAAAAGGAAGUAUGAAGCCACAAGUUACUAAAAAGCUUUUAUCCGGCUCUAACCGGUCUUCACUACCACAGCAUGAUGAUGCAAGAAAGGAUGAUAGCAUCCUAGCUAAAGGUUCUGAUCAUACAGAUGUAAAGGCUGGUGAGGUCUCAAAAACUGAAGAUAGAAACUCAUCCAUGAAGGAACCGUCUACAUUGUCUAGUGCAUCAGGAGAAAGUAAAAGGCACUGGGGCCGUGCCCAUGGGAAGAGAAACCUUUCCAUGGAAUCUAUUGAUUUCUCAGCAGAGGUGGACGAGGCCGAUGCUGACGUUGAAAGACUAGAGACAACCAAAUCAGAGCUACAAAACAAAAUUACUGAGGAGGUUAAGAACAAUGCAGUACUACAUUCUAGUUUGGAGAGACGGAAGAAAGCUUUGUAUGAGCGGCGUGAAGCUCUAGAGAAAGAAGUGGAAAGACUACAAGAGCAGUUGCAGCAAGAGAGAGACAAGAAAGCAGCUCUGGAAGUAGGACUGAACAUGUCAAAAAGGAACCAACCUAUUCCAGAAAUAACUGAUGUAAAGUUGAAAAAAGAUCUGCAAGAUGUAGCUCAAGCGGAGGAUGAUAUUACCAGCUUGGAGCAUAAGGUUGAUGAUCUUGAGAACAGACUUGGUCAACAGGACGUUAAAGCAUCUAGUGGUAGCAAAGAGUCUCGGAGAAGUCCAGAGCAUAAUGCAAAAAUGAAGGAGAAACAAAAGGAUACGGAAGCAGCCGCUAGUAAUACAACGCUCAAGGAAGGGCAGGGGGAUCCAAGAGGAAAUGAGAUAGAGAAGCAACAAGAUUCACGUGGCAAAAGCUCGCAAAAGGUUGCUGGAACGUCUAAGAGGUCUGGCUCAAAGGGAGAGGGAAACACAACAACUUCUGCACUUUCCAAGUUGACAAUGAGACUCAACUUCCUCAAGGAGAGACGGAGUCAGAUCGCUAACGAGCUCUCAAACAUGGACAAAGGAAAAAGCAGCUCAGGGCAACCUAGUCCUUCCUCGGGGCAAAAGAAAAGUCCCCAGGAGAGUGAAAGAGGAACAGGUUCGAACCAGAACCAGAACCAGGAUUCAGACAGCAGCAAACUCAAUAGCCCGCAUGUUCUUGACAGAGGAAGAUCCGAUAACGGAGGAGAUAGAAGCAGAGGAUCUGGUGGAGGAAACCAUCCCAGCACUACACCAAGGACCUUCUCUAGAUGAUCUCCUCAUUAGAGCUGCUUAACCCCCAAGAUGUACAGCCACCAUUUAACUUCAGGUUCUCUCCCCCAACAACAAAUAACAGAUUCGUUCUUUUUUUUUUUUUUUUUCUUCUCUGCUCUACCCUCUCUUAUCUUGCUUCAAAGAUUAAAUAAACUACACUCUUUUUUUUUAUGUGUUCUUGACUGUUCAGUGGAUAUGUUAUUAUGGUAGAGACAUUUACUUCAGAGUAUAGAAACAAAAACAUUGAAUUGUAUGUAACAACA